AUGGUGGAGACUCGCCGAAGCUCCGCCACCGCGGCCGCUAGGAAGCGCCCAUCCCUGUCGCCAUCCUCCUCAUCCGUGCCUCCCCCGAAGAGGCCCAAGGGGCUGGAGCUUAUCCCGUCGGAGAAUUUCACGUCGGUGUCAGUGAAGCAGGCGGUGGGUUCUGUCAUGACCAACAAGUACAGCGAGGGGUACACCGGCGCAACAUACUACGAUGGGAAUGAAUACAUUGAUAUGGCCGAAUCCUUGGGUUCACCUGCCAACUUUGAGGUAUACACCGCCCUAUUGAAGCCGCAUGAAAGGAUCAUGGCUUUGGAUCUUCCUCACGGUGGGCAUCUUUCUCAUGGUUACCAGGUUAUGUAUGAUUUUGAGGACAAGAUCAACACUGCCGUCUUUCUAGGUCUGCAAGGUGGGCCUCAUAACCAUACCAUUAGUGGCUUGGCUGUUGCACUUAAGCAGGCAACUACCCCAGAGUACUGA